UACUGUGUGAGCUGUGAUUGGUCACAGCUUGUCACAUGGUACAAGGCUGUUGUGAAUAGCCUUGUACCAUAUUUCACACGUAGUAAGCAAUGAUGUCAGAAGUGACAUCUUGCUUACUACUCUGCAUGUGAUCACUGAUUAGCCAAUCGGUGAUCACAUGAUUGGGACCUCACACAGAGGUCCCGUCCGACGACCGGUGUUCCACUGUGUCUGGAGGGAGCGCGCACAGCUUGAAAAUGCGGACGCCGUUUAUGAACGGCAACCCGCCCCUGGACUGCCACCAUCCGGCUGUUUAUAAACAGUGGCCGGACGGGAAGUGGUUAA